AUGAGAUGGAAUGAUAUUUUAUUCACUCUAUAUUACUUGCACUUCGGACGCAUAUCACUCACCCACCUCCAUUUCUUCUUCCAUGGCAUAGUUAAAGGUCACCGCCCUACAGCAAUGGGCAUCACCAAAGCAGCCAUUGCAAACUCAUCGGCCGGAUUUGGUAUGAUGAUGAUCGCCGAUGAACCCUUAACUCUAAAGCCCCACCGCAGUUCAAAGCUUGUAGGAAGAGCACAAGGGAUUUAUGCUUCUGCUUCGCAGAGUGAGUUUGAUUUUUUAAUGGUUUUGAGCCUUACUUUCAUGGAAGGGAAGUAUAAUGGGAGCAGUUUGAGUGUUCUUGGGCGUAACCCCAUAUUAUCCGGCGAGAGGGAGAUGCCGAUCGUUGGUGGAACUGUGGUUUUUAAGUUUGGCCGCGGCUAUGUUAAGGCAAAAACAUAUGAAUAUGAUAAUAAAACCUUAAAUGUUGUAGUGGAGUAUAAUGUCUGUGUUCUCCACCAUUAAUUGAUGGUUGUUCACUCUUCAGAAUAUU